ACUUACUCUUUCCAGCUUUACGUCAUACUUUGGCACUUUCUGACAGUUAGCAUGAUAGCAGCGAGUUGCCACUAAAACAGUCAGCACAAAGUUAAAAGUGCGGAGUGUUUUUAAGUUUCCGAACCCGCCACAGUCCGAGGAUGUUUUCAUCUGUCUGGAGUUUUGUUAAACGCCACAAAAGGAAGUUUAUUUUCACCGGAGCUGUAGUUGGAGGAGUGUACUUCCUGGGUAAAUAUGCCCAGAAGAAGAUCAGGGAGAUCCAGGAGAAGGAGGCGACCGAGUACAUCUCUCAGGCCAGACGACAGUUCCACUUCGAGAGCAACCAGAGGACCUGCAACAUGACCGUGCUGUCCAUGCUCCCUCCACUGAAAGAAGCCAUCAUCAAUCAACUGAAUUCAGAAAACCUCACUGCACUGCUCAAGACCAAACCCGCCAAUAAACUGGAAAUCUGGGAAGAUUUAAAGAUCCUCAGUUUCACCCGCACCGUCGUUGGGGUGUACAGCACCUGCAUGCUGGUGGUUCUGCUGAGAGUCCAGUUGAACAUCAUAGGAGGUUACCUGUACCUGGACAACUCCAUAGGCAAGAACACAACGACUCCUCAGGCCCCCCCAGACGUCCAGCAGCAGUACCUGUCCAGUAUCCAACAUCUACUGGGAGACGGUUUGACAGAGUUGAUGACAGUAGUGAAGAAAGCAGUGCAGAACUCGCUGGGAGGCAUGUCUCUGAAGCAGAGCCUGUCUCUGCUGGAGUUGGAGCAGCAGUUGAGUUGGAUCCGAGCGGAGGUGGAGUCCGGCUCUGAGCGGCCGCUGUCCUGGUACAUGCUGGCUGACGACGAGAACGCGCUCGCCGACCAGGCGUGUGGGCUGACAGAAAACGAUGCUGUGACCAUCAGACUGUUAAACGAGACCAGAGACAUGUUGGACAGUCCAGACUUCUCCACCGUCCUGAACGCCUGUUUGAACCGAGGUUUCUCUCGUCUGCUGGACAACCUGGCCGAGUUCUUCCGCCCACCUCCCGGUGACUCCGCCCCCAGCUCUGCACCCGAUAGUCUUGCUGCAGUCAGUCUCCCGCUGGCGAAGAUCAUCCCCAUCGUCAAUGGUCAGAUCAACACCAUCUGCAGCGAGACUCCCAGCCACUUUGUUCAGGACUUGCUGAUGAACGACCAGGUCAAGGAGUUUGCGGCCAACGUCUAUGAGACCUUCAGCACGCCACAGGAGCUGCAGAAAUAAUCAACCAAGCAUAAGAGAAGAGAAAGGGAGAAUUAGAGAGGACGAAAAGAGGGAUGAAAACAAAAAUAACAAAAGCCUGGACUGUUAAUCCCUCCUUCCUUUCUGUGAGACACUUUUCUUCUCGAAAUCAUGCAGACUUUUCAUUCUCACGGCGGAGAUUGACGAUGGCGGCAGUGGGUGUUUCUGUGUCCCCUCUGUGAAAAUUAUGGAUUACAGAACUGGUGGAGGAAGAAGAGACUUGCUCUGGGGUUUGUAGUCACAGCAGGGCCUGUGAUUAACCCUGGGACCACUGCAUCUUGGGAACUGGAGUCUCAUUUAACCUGGUAAUUAUUUACCCUAAGAGGUAAAGAACACACACUGAGAAAAGAACAGAUCUCCAAAUAAACUCUUUUUUUCCGACAAGAUGAUUCUGCAACACCGUCAGUUUAUAAUGUUGAUAUUACAGUUUUCCCCCUUUUCCAUCAGCAGUGGUGAGUGUUUCGAUACGAGAAGGGUUUACAAUGUGUAAGGUUUUCUUCUUUUCUUUCUUUCCUUUCACAACGUAAUCCAGGUGGUAGUGGGAUGUUUGUAGGAUUGGACCGAUGUGGGCUGAUACUGAGGUGAUUUUUUUUUUUGUGUGCUAAUAUUCAGUGUUUUUAAAAUGGUGGAAACGUCAGCAGUAGUUUUGUGGGUAAUUUGGAGAUAUUACAGUUUACAGCUAAGAACGUAAUUAUCAAAAAGGGAGAAGAUAAACAAGCUGUAUUUUAACAGCCAUUGUCAUUGAUUAAUUCCAAAUUUUAUAUAUGUAUCAGAGGUGGGUGACUUUAAGUGGUCAAAAUCUUACUUUUAAUAAAACACUAAUGUUAACAAACUCCUAUCAGUCCAACCGCAGUUGUGUGUAGUUGCUCUUUUUCCAUCUAAAGGACAACAGUUCACUUGUUUUGGCACAGAGUCAAAAAUGAGGACAUGUAGACUUCAAAACAUUUCUGAAAAACAAUCUAUAAACACUAAUAUGUGUUUUGGAGCGUUUAAUCCAGUGUCUCAGCCUGUUUUCCCAGUGUAGUUCCUUUUCUGUCCACAAGGUGUCACUCUUGUUCAGCUGGUGUGUGGGACUCCCUCUGCAUUACCAUCCUUUGCUUUUCAUAUGAAGGACUUCAUUCCAAAAUGUAAUUAAAUAAAAGUUUUGUAUUUGUGA